AUGUCCACGAAUCUGCCUACAAAUUCAAAUUCUACUACUAAAACGCCCAAUUCAAGUGCUACAGCUUCAGGUAUGGUGUAUGUUUAGGCGGAGGGGUUGCAGUUAUUGGUUUAGGUAUUGCAACCACUGAUUUAGUUAACACAGCUCUUGUUUUAGGUAACAAAGCUCCUGAUUUAGCUGUGGCAGCUCCGAGUACGUCUAGUUCAAAUUCCAAAACUUCAAGUUCAAGUACUUCAACUCCUGGUUUAGGUACUAAAACGACCAGUACGCUCAAUUUAAAUGCUACAAGUCCGAAUCCAGCCCCCUCAGCCUUCAAUCCGCCAAGUUCAAGUGGCAAAACUCCAAGUGCAAUUACUACAACACCUAUUUUGGAUGCUAAAAACCCCAGCUUAGGUGCAUCAGCUGCUAAUUUGUGUAACAAAUCUCCUAAUGCAAGUGGUACAACUUCUAGUUCGAAUGCCAAAACCCCAAGUUCAAGUUCUACAACGUUUGGUUUGGGUCCCGCAUAUUCUAAUUCAAGUGCUACAACUUCUGCUUUAAGCGGCAAAACAUCUAGUACGACUAGUUUAAGUGCUACAACACCGACAUCUGGUACUGCAACUCCGUCUACAGUUACAAUAGCUCCUUUUCAAAGUCCUAAAGUUGCAAAUCUUAGUACUCCAAAUUCCAAUCAGGCUACCAAAUCUUCUAGCACGCCGAGUACUAGCGCUACGACUCCAAUUACAGAUUCCAAAGCUUCUGGCACGCUCUGUACUAAUGCUGCGACUCCAAGUACAAGUUCCAAAGCUCUCGCACCGCUUUCUACAAGCUCCAGCACACCUAGCGCUAGUACUUCUAACACGACUUCUAGUGCCAGUGCUCCAACUUUAGGUGCCAAGACGUCAAUUUCAAGUGUCGCACUUCUACCUGAUUCACAUGUAUCACGAAAGGACCAUCCAACACGACGUGGAAGCGUAUUCUUCGACACAGCCAUUGCUCCAGCUGAUCCACCACCACCGAUACCUCGAGCUGUAACUCCGUUUCCUUUCGAUAUAUUAGGGAAGCCUACAAGUAAGUUCUUUUUAAAAAGGAUUUUAAGACUAGCACAAGAUCAUAAUUUAGGUUGAAAUAUCUAAAUUUCCAUCUGCUCAUAAAAAAAAGUUUCAGACCUACCACCCACGCCCACCAAUAUCAUCAGAAAGAAUUACGACCGACCAGGUCUGCCGGAAACAGCGACUGCCGACUUCAAUAACAAUGUCGGUCCUACCUUAUCAUUGAAGCAGAGAAAUGUCGAGAAUCUGAAAUUAUUGGAGGAGAAACUUAAAGGUGCUAUAGAAGCUGAAAAAGUGGUCGAUGAUCAAACAACCGACCGGUAUACGGAGGAUAAGAAGGGAAAGGUUGGAACUGAAGACACGGUGAAGCUACAGAAUCAUCGUGACGCUGGUAAUACAACGGAAAGUCCGCUUAAAGGUAAGACUUGUGUUUAUAUUGUGGUAGGCAGGGCCGGGCGCGAGGGGGGGGGGAACCCCAGAAAAAAAUUUUUGAAAAAAUUGAACGUGGUCCCCUCUGUGGAUUUUCGAAAAAAAAAUUUUGCAAAAAAUCGGCACAGGUAGCAGCUACCUGUGCCGAUUUUUCGGACCCCCGCCCCCAGACCAAAAGUCCCCGCCCGGCCCUGGUGGUAGGUUUAAAGGUAGUAGUGUAUUAAAAGUUGUUGUAAGCUUUAAAUUAUUGUACUAGGGUUUAGAUAUUUAAGUAGAGUUGUAACUUUCUAAAAUGUUUGUGUUUAGAAGACGCGGAAAAAGCUCCAAAACUGGACGUAAACGGCCUUAUCUACAAGCUCAUGAACUCGGUGACUCUAGAUGAUAAAGGUAACAAUAUGAUUGUGGCUGAUAACCUCACGGAUCCUGGAGUUAUUGAACAAAUCAUUAUCAGAGCUAUGUAAGUUUUUUUGAAAUUUUAUGUUACAUCUUAUCUUAUCCUUGCUUUUCUUUAUUCCUACUCUAGCUUUGCCCUAGUCUUGCCCUAGUUGUGCCUUGGUCUUGCUCUAGCGUUGUCUUAGUUCUGUAUUAGGUCUAGUCUUUUGUUUGGUCUAAACUAGGUUUAGUCCUUAAUAAACUUCUUGAUUUAUUUGACUGUGCCUUGCUUUUCCAUACCUUAUCUUGUUCUACCAUAAGUUACUUUAUCUGACUUUACCUUGUGUAGCUUAUUUUAGUGACGUUUUGAAGAAAUUACCAUCAAUGUUGAAGUUGAAUGCUCCAAUGUACAUUGUAGGCGAUAUUCAUGGUCAAUUUACUGAUUUGCUGCGGAUAUUUGCUAUGUGUGGUAAUCCAUCUGAAACGGUAGGAGCUCAAAUUUUUUUUUCGCUUGAAAAUUCAAAAAAUUUUAAAAAAUUUUUUUGAAUUUUUAAUCAAAAUAUAAUAUUUGUUAUUUUUUAGUUUUACUUGUUUCUGGGCGACUACGUAGACCGAGGCCCCCACAGCCUGGAAGUGAUUUGUCUCCUACUUCUGCUCAAAGUACGAUACCCAUGGCGUAUGAACAUGCUACGAGGUAAUCACGAAUGCAGCGCGGUAAACCGCACGUAUGGCUUUUCGGACGAAUGUGAACAACGUUUCCAACACAUUCCGGUUUCGAACACGGUAUGGGGCGUAAAGGCGGCCGACAUGAAGGGCACUCAAGUGUGGUACCGUUUCCAAGACGUCUUCAAUUGGCUGCCGUUCUGUGCCCUCAUCAAUGGUCGUAUCUUGUGCAUGCAUGGUGGAUUGUCACCGAAUUUGCAGAAAAUCCAACAGUUGGAGGCACUGAAACGACCAAUUGACCCAUGUGAGGCUGGUCUACAUAUCGAUCUACUGUGGUCAGAUCCGGAUCCGAAGUUACCGUGCCGUGAGAUGGACCCACAGUUUGGACCUUCGAAUCGAGGUAUCUCGAGUCAUUUCAAUCAGAGAGCGGUCAUGGAUGCAUGCAGGAACUUGAACUUGGAUAUGGUGGUUAGAGCACAUCAGGUGGUUCAGGUAAGUGGCUUUUUGGAUUUUAGGUAAUGGUAAGUUAUUUGUGGGAGAGGAUGGGGUAGGGCUUAGGGAUUGGUUAUGGUUUGGUAGGGUUUAAGUAGGACUUUGUUUAAUGGUCGGGCUAGGGUAUAAAUACUAGCAAUAAAACAAGGGUUCGGUAGGUUAAGAGUAGGUCAAGGCUGGAGGCUUGAGUUUAUAAUAGCGAAUGGUGAAAUUGGGCAGGGUACGGUAAGUUACGGCAGAAUAAAAUAAUGUAGAAUAGGGUAGGGGAGGGUAGAGUAAGGUAACUGAACAUAGGGCUUGGGUGGAGUAUAGUACUGCUUUAAAAAGUAAAUUUUUUAUAUUUUAAGGAUGGCUACGAAUUUUUUGCCCAACGGCACUUGGUAACCUUGUUUUCGGCUCCAAAUUACUGUGGACAGUACAAUAAUGCUGGUGCUAUUAUGCAAAUUGAUGCCAAUUUAAUGAUAUCGUUCAAGGUGAGCUAGUUUGGCUUAUGCUUCAGUUAAAAAUGUUUUAAAGGAUGGAAUUGUUUUGAGUAAAUAGGCUAAUAUACGAUUAUGUUUAGCAACUCCGCCCAGUCAGUGGCACCCCAUGUCGCAAGAAGACCAAAUCUACGGAUAUUAACUUUGACGACAUUGAUUUAGAUGCGUUAUGUUCCGAAGACGAGGCUGCAGCGAAAUCCCCUUAA